AUGACUGUGUGUCUAGGAAUAAACAUUUUUUCUGCUCGUGGUGUUGUUGUUUGUGCAACUCCUUAUCAUCGUUCUAACCACCAGGCUACAAGUAACACUAGGAUGGGAUCCAAGGAUAAAAAUAGCAUCAAGUGGACACCGCCCCCUCUUGGUGUUGUGAAGAUCAAUUUUUAUGGUUCAGUGCUUCAACAAAGCUUUGGUGCAGUUGUUGGCUUUGUUCUAAGAGAUGAUGUGGGGUGUCCUAUAGUUUUUGAUGCGCGUUGUAUUGGGAAAGCAAACGUCCAUGUCACAGAAGCAACUGCUCUCAGAGACGGCCUCCUCAAAGCGAAAGAGAUGAACGUAAAAAAUGUGGUUGUUGAGGGUGACUCUUCCUUGGUCAUCAAUUGCGUCAACAUGAAGUUCAAAUGCCCCUGGAAGCUCAUCCAGAUUAUCCAAGAUAUCAUAAUGAUUGCUACAUUCUUUGAUCAUAUCUCAUUUCAUCAUGUUCUUCGGGAAGUAAACUUCGUCGCUAAUGCCCUUGUUAAUUUUGGACAUAAGCUCUCUAAUCCUAGUUGUUGGGAGGUCAACUUUUAUGUUACUGUUAGGCAGGUUUUGAAUUUUGACUUAUUUGGAGCUGGUUGCUCUUGA